UGCAGGUAGAAAGGCAGAGCAAAGCUUAUUGGCUGGUGCGGAAGGGUGCAUCUGAACCUGCAAAGGGCACAUACUAACGACCAGCCACACUAAAACACGACAAUUUACUGGAAGAUAGAAAGAUUAAUCAGUUUCGAAUUGUCACUGGGGCUCUGUCGAAAUCCAACUGGAUUAAGCGGAGUUGGCUAUGUUCAGUCUCUAUUGGAUUUUUCUGCUUCUCCCCAAUUUACAUCUUUGGCUGAACUCAUCCCAUUAAGAAGGCCCCGUGUAAUGCCCACAAGUGAUACGUGGGCUGGACAAUCUCCCAUGGAUUCCAUUACCAGUGUUGGUAUUGAUGGAAGCUGCAACAAUGUAGCAAGCAGUAACUCUACUUUUAGCGAUGAGCACUUGGACUAUCUCUCGGCAGAAGAGCGGGAAUGUCUCAUGUUUCUUGAAGAAACAAUUGAUUCAUUAGAUACUGAAGAAAACAAUGGGGUUUCCACUGAUAAAUUGGAACGAACUGAACAAUCCACGAAAAUUGGGAGUAUGCGUGAAAAAUCUACCCUGCCACACCUUGAAUUAGCAUAUAGUCAAAAUCCAGAACCUGAUGGAAAAAUCCCAGAGGCAGUUUCACCAAAUAACAAAAGCAACACUGAUUCCAUGUCCCCACAGAUGCUGCAAGCAAAAUCUGGAACAUAUAAAAUCCCACGGGCUGUUUCACCAAAGAGCAAUAAGAGCAGCACUGAUACCACAUCCCCACAGAUGGUGCGAGCCAACUUUGGAGCAAAUACUCUGCCUAAAUAUAACCCAAAGCCUAGCACUGAAAGCAAAAGCACACUAUCCGGUCGGGUAUCAGAAUCCAGCAGAAGUCCUUUUUUCUCCAGAGAUACUAGACAAAGAUCCCAUACUGCAACAGUUCAGCAUCAGUUGGAGGGACCCAAAGAUGAAAAGGCCAAGCUAGGUCCUCCCACUGCCCCUAAACCCCGGAAACUGCCAUCCAACAUAAUCCUGAAAAGCUUCCAGAAGAACGAUGGUCCAAUGGUAUCUACUACAAACUCUCAGAAUGGCUUCAAGGUACCAAAAGGUGCUCCACGAAACAAUGGGUAUAAUUUAUCUAGGGAUAACAGCACUGAAGGAGAAGUGCAACAGGUCCGAAUGGAAGCUUUGACCAAGCUAGGCUUGCUGUCAGAACCAGAUGGCCAGAAAAGCAACUCUGCAAGUUCUCAAAGCCUGAAAACAGAGCCAACAUCCAUCAUUCAGACAGCCACAGUUGAUAACGAAAUAAAAACCAACCAAUCAGAAGUGACAGUGAAGGACAAUAAAACAAACAGCCUGAAACAUCCAAGUAUUCGAGUUAGUCCUUCUUUGAACCAUUCAGCUGCCGUUUCUCUUGACCCUGGCAUGAAUGGCACUGCAAAUAUGACCAUGGGGAAUGUGAAUAAAACACAGUUGGGUUCCACAAAAUCGAGCAGCUUAAAAAGGUUUACCACAACUGGUGUAAACAUUCCUCCAACUGUGAGCCUAGGGUCUGCCCGAAACAGCUCAGCCACCACUGCUCUUAAUCCUGGCACAAGCAGCACACUCCCUAUUGCCAGAAGAUCAACAAAUGUAAGUGAAGGACAAGUGAAAAAUAUAAACACAGCACAAUGGCAAUUGGGUGCCACAAAGGCGAGCAGCUUAAAGAGGUUUGGCACAGCCAGUGACAAUAACCAACCCACUUUGUAUUCUGGUAUUACUCAAAACACUUCAGGAGCAGGAGCAACUGGUCUGAGCAAAUACAUUAGGCCCAGACCUGUGUCAGUAUGCUCUGAAAAAGAUUUGUCAGACAGGCACGGAUCUACAUUAGAGGCUCUAUCACCUGAUAAACCAGCACGGAGGUCCUUUCCAAUAAAGAUAAACCAUAUUUCAGCCAAAUUUCAGAAAUCUCCACCAAAGGGGCUUAAUGUGCAAGUUACACCACAGAGGCCAACCAAUAAAGACCACAAAGAAGCAUUGAGAAAACUUGGCCUUCUGAAAGAGUAAAAAGUUUAGAAGUCUGCACAAGAUCCCUUGGACUUGAGGCAAUUCCACUGACUUGCCUGAAGGAAAUGUACCCAAAAUGGACAAUAACAACUAACUGCCAUUCUACACGAAGCCAUAGAGAAAACGCACUGCAAUCUCCAGUAUGGAUAUGAAGCUGUAGAGUCAGAAUUUGGUUAAAUAUAUCAAUUUAAAAUGUGCAGUCUUAUUUUGUGCAUAUAGUUAAAUGAAUAUAACAGUUGUAAAUUUUCCACCUUGGGACACAAUUAUUUUUUUCGCCUUUAACCUCAAAUCUGUCUGAGACAUGUCUGGUAUACAAAGCAGGUCAUCUUUCUGCCUCAUCUAGUUUUCAAUGUUAUAUGUGUGUCCAGGAUUGUGCACCCCAUCCCCCUAUCCAAAAUUUGGUUCUUCCCCCUACGGUGUAGACGUAACAACUGAAAUUUGAUUAGAGAUUCUAUUAUCAUGACAGCCUAUUUAUUCUAGUUGAUGGAAGUGAUUUCAUUAUUCCUCUGAGGAGGUGCUUUACAGACGCGAGGCGUUGGCUCUGUAUCUCUUGCCAUAGAUGAUGUCGGACCAGCUGAGUUCUCCCUGCAUUUUCCAUUUUUGAUUCGGAUUUCCAGCAUCUGCAGCAUUUGCUUUUUUAUUCCAUUAUUUUUACCUAUAUGUGACAAAAGACUUCUUUCUGAAUGUGGCUUGCAGUAGAAAUGACAGUUUCAAACACUCUCUUUUAGAACAGUGACUUAAAAUAUGGCUGUUGUUCAAAGAAGGAAUUUUAGUUUUUAUUGCAAACAUUGUUUUAAUUAUGAUACUUUAAAUGUAUAAUUAUACAAUGCACUCAAUUAUUUUAUAUGUGAAAUGUUCCAUAUAAGUACUUGUUUUUGCAUCUGCUUAAAUUUCCAGCUGAACAUCCUACUUCACAAUUUUGUAAUAAAUCCCAUAUAUUGUACUAUUAAACCUAUUUAAAAGUUAGCUUUAGUUCUGGCUAAAGUAAUUGUUGUGUAUCAACAUCAAACCUCGCAUGUAUUAAGACUUCGGUUAAAUAUUUGUAAAUGAACUAUUAACUUGUUCUUUUGAAUAGUGUGCCAUGAAUGUUGAAUAAAAAAAAGCAUUAUUUUCCAAAA